AUGUUAGAUACAUUACUGAAGAAUAGCAAACGCUAUACUCUUGUUCUAUUUUCGGCUCUAUUCAUCCACCCAGCAUGGUCCUCCUUCUUCCUUGCGAAUCAUCAAAGAAUUCAUCAUGAUCAUCGUCGUGAUCUUCGAGCACAAUCCAGGAAUAACCGACGGCCACUGGAAUGGUCAUCAUCAACACUACUAUCAUUAUCAAAGCACAAGAGUCAACAUCGACGCCCACCGCUGUCCUUGGAAAGUCCCUCUCGGGCUUCUGCCAAAUUGCACAAGAUUCGUAUCGCCGAAGCCGGUAAAAAAGGCUUGGGUGCCUUUUGUUUGCAACGCAUUGAAAGUGGCGAACUGGUGGGCGAGUACAAGGGAGAGAUAUUGACGCGAAAUCAGGUGGAAGCACGCUAUUGGGGAACUCGGUCCAAACAGACGUCCGAUCGCCGUUGGAUCAAAAGUCGAAAGAAACGAGAUCAAGGUUUGUCGGGUGACUACUUGUUUGAAUUAGGUGAAAACAAGUUUUUGGAUGGGGAGGAUGCGGACAUUAGUGGAUGGUGUCGUUUUAUGAAUCAUGCGACGGAAAACUCCAAGGCUUGCAAUGUGGAAACUAGUUACAGCGUACGAAAAUGCACAGCAGAAGCAGCAGCAGCAGCAGAGGAGGCCCGGAUCCAUGGCGUUGUCUACUCGUCAGACUUGGAGGCAGCGGAGCCUCGAGUCUGGUUUGUUGCAAUGAGAGAUAUCGAGGCGGGAGAAGAGCUAUCCUACGAUUAUGGCGACUCGUAUUGGGAUGAUUUGAAUUGA